UCGUGUUGGCUCUUAAUUAACAGGGACUGAAUGACGAUGCAAUAUUCAAAAACUGUUAGCGAAAUUACUGAAAUUUAUAAUGCCGAUAAGGGCAGCAACGUGUAGCACGCGAUUAGGGGUAGUAGCGCACUCGGGGUUGGCCAGUUCGCGCAAAGUCGACGGUGGAUGUUGUAGGCGUUGCGACGCUCGUUCCUCGGUAGUAUUACCACCGACGCUUGCAAUUUCUCCGUUUAAUGUUCAGCGCGUUUUCGCACGCGGUUAAAAGUACGAUCGGAUUAUUAAAAGUUUACAAAAGACAUUAUUGUUAAUAGUAUAAUUGUUUAAUUAAUCGUGACAUACGUGCUUUGAAAUACUGUUAAAAGCGUGUUUCACGCAUGUGAUCCUUUAACCUUUGACCUUACUCGCACUCGUGAUGUUUAAAAUACUGGUCUACACACUUCUGCAUUUGAAUGCAGUAUGUUCGGUAUAUUUCACCAUGACGGAUUUGUCAUUCACUUUACCUGGAGAUAAAAAGAAAUUUCCAGCAUCAAAUUAUCCUCUGCUUGUGCUCUACGCUUUGCCCGAAAAUAUGAACAAUGACACGGCUCAUAAAUUAUGGUACAAUGUCAGCGAUGAAAAGGGUUAUUUACAGAUGUAUCAUUCCACUGGAGAUCUUAUGCUAAGGAAGGAGUAUUAUUACAAGCAAGCACUAGACGAGGAAGUAAUUUCCGCAACCGCAUAUGUCGAAGACAGCAAGACAGGAAGAAGCAAUUCCACUCAACUGAAAAUAACCGUUUCUGACCGGGAGUUAGAAUGCAAUUUAAUUAUUGGUGAUUUGUGCUUCUGGAAAUCAGCUAACUACCGCAUCUCUGAAAACACUGGACCUUCUCUAAUUGGUUCUCUGAGCCCACUCUUUCUUCUAGAAAUGUGCAAGGAAUACAAAAUCAAUUACACGCUCAUUGAAGGAAGCAACCAAUUCAAGCUCGAACCGCCUUCAACUGACAAUAAAUUGUGGACGCUGCAUUCGACCAAGCCCCUUGAACGGGAUGUUAUUCGUACCCCUUUUGCUACGAAAUCGAGUGAAACUGGUGAAUUAAGGUCGGUUUCAGUGAAAUGCUAUCUGGAAACUCCGAAAGGGAUAGUAUUCGAUGAUACGCAAAAUCUGGUUGUUAAAGUGCUCGAUGAAGAUGACAAUCCUCCAAUUAUUCAUGCUCGAGAAACCAUUCAUGUCGUACUCAAUUCUGAACACGUCAAGAAGGAUCAAAUACUGGAGAUAAAGGAAGUCUUAAUUACAGAUCGAGAUUCCACCGCAGUUAAUCACUACGACAUACGUAUUUUAAAUGAUAAUUUGGGUAUUUUAGAAGAAAUAUGCAUGAUUUACGAAGAUGAUAGAGAUGCUGAACCCCAAACUGCAAUUCAUUGUAAAAUACGUUUUACAAAGGACACGCAAAUCAGUCAGUUUCCAUAUCAUGUUGUCCUUCAGUUUAACGACACCACACUCCUGCCAGGAAAUGGAAAGAGCGAGGCCCGAAUCAACGUCAUAAUCAACUUCAAGGGGAGUCCUGGCUUCAUGAAUAAUCUGGAAUCAACCGAAGCUGCACAUAUGGAAAGACAUAAUCCAUUACUUUUUCCGCGCCGGGAAAUUAAAAUAUUCAGAACGGCUGCACCAUUAGCAAGGGUAGCGCAACCAGAUGAAAUAAAGGCCAAAACUUUCAACAUGAGUGAAGCUAAUUUUUCUGUCAAAAAUGAUUCUUCAGGAGGAGGAUUUCACAUAACCAAUGGUCAUGGAAUAAUUUUUGUCGAAAAUACUUCUCUAAUUAGAAAUAGUUCUUCCCCGAUCAGGUUGGAAGUGCAAUGGUUUAAUAAAACUUCAUUCUAUAGCGAUAUUUUGUAUAUUGCCCUUGUUGAUGAACCAACAGUUAGCUGCACAACAUUGGGUUUCAAAGUUAAAGAUUGGAAAUUUUGUGCGAAAAAUAAAAGUCCUAAAGAUUGUUUGAAGACUUGCGGUUUGGCAACAGGUGGCUCAUCAAGUGUAGAUAGAAGAGCCUGGUAUGGUUCUGAAAGGUGCAUGUGGAGGGGGGAUAAAGUGCCUGGAACAACUUCUACUAGCUUAUACUCCACUUGCACCCCUGACAUUAAGACAUGUCCCGAUGGAAUUUGUGACGAAUUGGAGUCGCUACAUUCCCUCAUUUGCCCACAAGACUGCUCAGAGGACAUUUUGAUACCUUCCAAAAAGAACCCUAAAACACAUAGAGGAUUGGAAGUGGGAGAAGGUGUUUGUUUUUGUACAAGAACUGGGCAGUGCUCUUGCAUUGAUCCUCCUGACGAGAAAAAGAGAAGGAAGAGUUUGUCAAAUGAAACUGCUCCUACUGCACUAGACUUUACCGUUCAAAAUGCUUCAGCAUUCCUUCCAAAGGUUUCACAGAACAGAAGUUUGGCAGCGAGUUACGGCGCAGGUUGUGGUACACCGUGCAUUUUUGGGAUAUUUUUGGCAUUGAUGUUUCUUAGUCUGUCCAUCGGGAUCGUGGUUUACUGCUGGAGAAACAACUAUAAAAGAAAAUUUAAGCGGAAUAGAUCGGAAGCUGAUUCUCAAAAUUUGUCUGUCCCUGUGAUAUCUGAACAUUUGGAACAUCAAGACAGUCAUCUUCUUAAUCUUGACUUUACUUCCGAUAUUGCUGCUGAUCUUGCCGCAAAUAACAGAAACAUUGAGGUUGAUCCAGAAUGGGAAUUUCCGCGAGAUAAGCUUAUCAUUGAGCAGGUCCUCGGGGAAGGUGAAUUUGGAAGGGUUUUGCGAGCUAAGGCGUUGAAUAUCGCCGGAAAUGUAGGGUACACUACUGUUGCUGUCAAAACUCUUAAAGAUGAUGCGGGAGAACGAGAACUGUUGGAUCUUCUUUCGGAAUAUCGACUUUUAAAAGAAGUAUCUCAUCCUAACGUUAUAAGACUUCUUGGUGCUUCUACUUCCCCCGGAGGUCCAGUUUACUUAAUAAUUGAAUUCGCAGAAUAUGGUUCAUUACGGACGUAUUUAAGAAAAUGUCGACAAAUUAAGUCGGAGCCCAACAUUCGGUGCAGCACCGGGGAGCAGUGGACUCCGACAGUACAAUAUGAUGAGCCUAAGGUAUUCACAGUCUCUGCUCGUGAUAUUAUCUCAUUUGCGUGGCAAAUUGCAAAGGGAAUGGCUUAUCUAAGCGAUAUGAAGCUAGUACACAGAGAUUUAGCAGCGAGGAAUAUACUACUGGCUGCAGAGAAAGUUUGUAAAGUUUCCGAUUUUGGUUUGACAAGGGACGUUUACGAGGACGACGCAUAUUUGAAAAAGAGCAAAGGACGGGUUCCUGUAAAAUGGAUGGCCCCCGAGUCAUUGUCCGAUCAAAUUUAUACCAACAAAUCCGACGUUUGGAGUUUUGGUGUACUCGUGUGGGAAUUAGUGACUUUAGGUGCAUCGCCAUAUCCUGGAAUAGCAAUUCAGUCUCUAUUUCAUCUCCUACGUUCAGGAUACCGCAUGGAAAGGCCAGAAAAUUGUUCAGUGGAAUUAUACCAAAUAAUGAGAAAUUGCUGGGAAGCUGACCCGGAGAAACGUCUUACAUUCCAUGAACUAGCAGAAAAAUUUGAAAAAAUGUUAUCUGAGGAAGUCCAGUACUUGGAUGUUUCAGGAAAUGCAGUUUAUAAUAGAGGUUAUUUUUUAAAUCAGCAGGAUAUUUCACAGCAUGAUCAUGAAGACGAAAUAGUUACUGCACCUAUUGAAAAAAAUACUUCUGAUCCUGUAAAUUAUUUAGAAAGGAUUCAGCAGUACAUUAAAUGUGGCGAAUCUAAUAAGCUUGAUGUUAAUUUAGAUCCCUCAGCUUUUGCGGAAACGGAAUUGGAACCCCUUAAAAACGAUCAACCUAAUCAAGGCUACGAAACCCCAGUAAAAGUUUCCAACAAAAUGUCGAAUCUUCAAACUCCUACUAAUGGAUAUCCACGACAUGGAUACACUGAUAUGAAUUUGAUCAAAAAGGUCUGAGCUAAUGAAGAAUAGCUUACAGUAAUAAAUAACAAUUAAUAGCUAUUGAAGAACAGAUACAUAUUAUAUUAUUAAAUAUUGUACCAUUUAUUAUUUAUUCUAUGUUUUCGCAUCAGCCAUUAAUUAUUUUUGGAGAUAGUGAUAAUUUUCUGUCAAACACCAUAGCCUUCUUCUAAAAUUGUAAACUGAAGGUUAUUUGCAAUAUUGUCUAGUCGGUAGAAAAUUUUCCCAACAUACAUUUGUUACUAGACGGGAGCUAUUCCUUGUUGUAUCCAGGAAAAACUCGUUACCGGAAAAGAGCUGUUCCUUCUUGUAGCUGGGAAAAAGUUAGGAUUUUUACGUUUUCUGAUUGAUUAUGUUAAUGAUUUGGAAAACAUGUCCUUCAUUUUUAAGACAAAAGUUAGUUAUUUGACAAGCGAUUUCCCAGUUAUAAACUGAACACGAAUGUUUCUAAUUUUGAAGUAACCUCUAUCUAAAUUCCAGUUGUUAUAUGCAAAAAUUGCAAAUGUGUGUUAAAAUGUCAAAGUAAGUGUCCAUUACUAAAUUAUAGAAGGCAGUAUUUUGCUUAUAUUUGGUCAUUCAUAAACUGUUCCCUGAAGGUUCGCCUAUAAAUGCAACAAUCAGUUUUUGUAAUUUUAAAAGUAUACUUCGUUUAGAUUCUCUAGCUAUGUGACCUUUAGUUUGAU